AUGGUUAAGAAGUGGUUUACUGAGUUCCGUUGUGGUCGUACCAGCACAAGUGACGCCCAACGUUNAGGUCGCCCAAAAGAGGUCAUCACGCCAGAAAUCGUCGAUAAAAUUCAUGGAAUAAUAUUGGACGAUCGGAGAAUNAAAGUACGUGAGGUGGCUGAGGCUGUAGGCAUCUCAACUGAGCGGGUACAUCAUAUUUUACAUGAAUAUUUGGACAUGAAAAAACUAUCCGCGAGAUGGGUGCCGCGAUUGCUUACACUCGACCAUAAGCGCAACCGUGUGACCACUUCAAAGGAGUGUUUGGCGAUGUUCAGCCGCAAUCCGAACGAGUUUUUGCGCCGUUUUGUAACCGUGGACGAAACAUGGAUCUAUCACAAUACACCAGAGACUAAGGAACAAUCAAAACAGUGGGUUUCAUCGGGUGAACGUGCACCAAAGAAGGCCAAAGUGAGUCUGUCAGCCAACAAGAUCAUGGCCACAGUUUUUUGGGAUGCACGCGGUAUCAUUCACAUCGAUUACCUUGAAAAGGGUAGAACGAUCACCGGCGAAUAUUAUUCAGAGCUUUUAGACAGAUUCGAUAUUGAUUUGAAGCAAAAACGACCGCAUUUAGCGGAAAAAAAAGUGCUGUUCCAUCAAGACAAUGCACGGGUGCACACGUGUGUUGUCGCGAUGGCAAAAAUCUAUAAAUUAGGCUACGAACUGCUACCCCAUCCAGCAUAUUCUCCAGAUUUAGCCCCCUGCGACUAUUUCCUAUUUCCAAACCUGAAGAAAUGGCUGGCUGGUAAGAGAUUUGGGUCGAAUGAAGAGGUCAUCACCGAAACAAACGCCUAUUUUGAGGGCCUUGAGAAAACCUAUUAUUUGGAAGGAAUAAAAAAAUUGGAAAAUCGCUGGACUAAAUGUAUCGAGCUAAAAGGAGAUUACGUUGAAAAAUAA